AUGGCAGGGAAACCCAUCUUCGUGGCUACCCAUCCACGGGCUUGUUCCACAGCGUUUGAAAGGGUCUUUAUGACUCGCCAGCAGACGCUGAGAUGUGUUCAUGAGCCAUUCGGCGAUGCAUUCUAUUAUGGUCCAGAGAGACUAAGCAGAAGAUAUGAAAAUGAUGAGAAAGCGAGGAUUACUACAGGGUUUAGCAACUCUACAUAUAAGGACAUCUUCGACCGUAUAGAUAGAGAAGCGUCUGAGGGACCUCGUCCAUUUAUUAAAGAUAUGGUUUACUAUCUGUUCCCCGAAGAUGGCAAGCCAGCUAUAAUCGCCCCAUCCCUUCAACAGGAGAAGCGGGGAGUUGGCACCGAUUUAUCUGAUAGAUAUCAGCCGACAAACGGCGUGGCUUUGAAUGGAAACCAGACAAAUGGGGUUGGAAUACAGCCCAAAAAUCCGACUGUUGUUCCCGUGGAGCUUCUCAAAAAGUUCCAUUUUACAUUCUUGAUCCGGGACCCGCAUUACAGUAUCCCAUCCUUCUACAGGUGCACGGUUCCUCCCCUCGACAAGUUGACAGGGUUUUUCGAAUUUUACGAGUCUGAAGCUGGAUACGAGGAACUCAGACGUUUCUUCAAUUAUCUUCAGGAUAUCGGCCUGAUCGGGCCCUGCCACGCAGGCAAAAAUAUGCAGCACGCCAAUGGCGCAUCCACGGCUAACGGCAACAACGGUCUUAAUGGCUCUAAUGCCCACGAUUCUGGAGAAAUAUGCGUUGUUGAUGCAGACGAUUUGCUCGACAACCCUACUGGUAUUAUUGAGCAAUUUUGCAAGAGCAUUGGAGAAAAGUAUACGCCAGAUAUGCUUAAUUGGGAUAAUGAGAACGAUCAAGCAGUUGCGAGAAAAGCCUUUGAAAAAUGGCCUGGCUUCCACGAGGAUGCUAUGCACUCGUCGUCUUUGAAACCUAGACUUCAGAAGAAAAAACAGAAAUCCGAGGAAGAGUUCGAUCACGAAUGGCGUGAGAAAUAUGGCGAAAAGGGCGCCAAGAUCAUUAGGUCUGCUGUUGACCGUUCAAUGGCAGACUAUCUGUAUAUGAAGCAAUUUGCGAUGAAGGUCUGA